AUGUCGGACGCAGUUAAACGCCUGCAUAUCACGCCUCUAGACGCCGCGAUCCUCGAGACAGUGCUGCAGCCCUCGAUCCGCCCUCUUGCCACUGAUAUCUCGCUGCAUACGAUAGAGACGCACCCGGAGAACAACUACGGCUUCGUCACUCUCCCCAAGGCCGAGGCAGAGAAGCUCACCAAGAAGCUCAACGGCGCAUUUCUCAAGGGCAGGAAGCUGAAGAUAGAAGCGGCCAGACCUACUCCCAGCAGCCAAUUGCAGGCUGAGCCAGAGGCCAGAGCUCCGUCCACGGGGCCAGAUAAGGGGGUGGCUCUCAAGCGGAGGGCCAUUGACCACGUUAUCGAGGGCUACGAGCUUCCGGUGUCGCGGAAAGUAAUGCGAGGAUGGACUGAGCCUCGUUCCUCUUCGGGCAGAUCGAAAAAGAAGGACGAGGACUCGAAGAAGGCAAAGAAGAGCAAGCAGCCGUCAAAGUACUCGAGUGGCUCAGAGUGCUUGUUCCGCACUGUGCCGCCGGCGAACAAGUCGGCAAAGACCAAGUCAGGCUCGAGCAAGAAGAAGGGAGGAGCCGAGUCUGUGACGGUCCACGAGUUUAAGCAGACAGUCAAGCAUCCAAGCUUUAUAAAGACAGGAGAGAAUGUGUCCUCUUCGAAGCUUACUGGAGAGUACGUUGAAGGGAAAGGAUGGAUAGACCGGGAGGGCAAUGUCAAGGAGGAGCCGCCAAAGAAGAGCGAGAGACCGGUUCAGACUACGUCUGUAGUGUCUAAGCAGAUACCCAUGGCAGAUGAGAAGAAGAAGAAGAGAGAAGAGUCACUGGCUGCUAGUAAUGAAUCCGAGUCUUCAGCCGCCGAAUCCUCCAGCAGCGAGGACUACACCAGCUCCGAAGGGUCAGAUAGCUCGUCUGAAUCGGAAUCUGAUGAAAAGGAGGAGGAAGACGGCUCCGACACUUCAAGCACUGGAACAUCUAGCUCUGAAGAGUCGGAAACUGAGAAACCAGUGGCUGUCGAGCAGGAAACUCCAGCCCCGACCGUUGAAGAAAAUAAAGAUACCCCAAAAGUCCACCCGCUAGAAGCACUAUUCAAGCGCUCCAAGCCAUCUAACAUCUCGAUCCCAAACCCCCAGCUGACUAUCGACACCCAGUUCAGCUUUUUCGGCAACGCAGAGGACUCUGGCAGUGAGGACGAGGCUCGUGACAAGCUCUAUACUGAGCCACAGACUCCCUUUACGGUACAAGACUUGCAGUCCCGGUCUAUGCGGAGUCUGGCUCCCACACCGGACACUGCACUCCCCACCAAGAUCACUUUCUGGGGAGAGGACUCUAACGUGAAUGUGAAUGAUGCACAUGAUGAUGAUGAUGACGGGCUGGAUACGCCCUCUGCUGAGAGGGAGCUACCUUCUUCACCCACCAAGCCCGGUGCUAAGCGUGGAAAGGAAGCUGCCGAAGAUAGCGAGUUUGCUAAAUGGUUCUGGGAGAAUAGAGGAGAUAACAAUCGAGCAUGGAAACGGAUGAGAAGAGAGGCAGGCAAGGAGAGGCGCCAGAGGGAGAACAGGAGCCAUAGUUCCCGGGGCAGAAAAUAG